GCGCUGUCCCCACGCAAGCGGACCACGAGCCAGUCGAAGGCAGGGCCCCCGCUGCUGCGAACCAGCAAACGGACCAUCUAUACAGCAGGGCGGCCGCCCUGGUACAACGAGACAGGCACACCAUUCAAGGAAGCCUUUGUCAUUGGUUUGUGUGGAGGGAGCGCGUCAGGCAAGACCACAGUGGCCAACAAGAUCAUUGAGGCCCUGGAUGUGCCCUGGGUGGUGCUGCUGUCCAUGGACUGCUUCUAUAAGGUGCUGAAUAAGGAGCAGCAGGAGCUGGCUGCUCACAACGAAUACAACUUUGACCACCCCGAUGCCUUUGAUUUUGACCUGCUGAUAAGUGUGCUGCGCAAGCUGAAGAAAGGCAAGAGUGUCAAGGUGCCGGUGUAUGACUUCACCACGCACAGCCGCCGCAAGGAGUGGAAAACUAUCUAUGGGGCCAAUGUUGUAGUGUUUGAGGGGAUUUUAUCUUUUGCCAACAAGGAGUUGUUGAAGCUCCUGGACAUGAAGGUAUUUGUGGACACGGACUCUGACAUCCGGCUGGUACGGCGGCUGCAGCGCGACAUCAUGGAGCGCGGGCGUGACAUCGUGGGGGUCAUCAAGCAGUACAACAAGUUUGUCAAGCCAGCCUUUGAGCAGUACAUCGAGCCCACCGUGCAAGUGGCCGACAUUGUGGUGCCCAGAGGUGGGGAGAACUUUGUGGCCCUAGACCUCAUUGUGCAGCAUGUGCACAGCCAGCUGGAAAAGCGUGAAAUCACAGUCAGAGCAGCCCUGGCCUCUGCCCACCAAGGGCAGCCACUGCCCAAGUCGCUGAGCGUCCUUGAGAGCACGCCGCAGGUGCGUGGCAUGCACACCAUCAUCAGGAACAAGGACACAACCAGGGACGAGUUCACUCUGUUAUCUGCCAGCCUGGUUAAGGGCCUGCUCCCGUGUUAAUGACUCUCUCUUCUCCUGUAGCCAGUUACAGUGGAGACACCUCAGGGGACCGUGUAUGAAGGGAAGCGGUUCCAUAGACAGCGGAUCACUGGUGUGUCCAUCCUGCGGGCAGGGGAGACCAUGGAGCAGGCACUCACUGCUGUCUGCAAAGACAUUCGAUUGGGCAAGAUUCUGAUCCAGACCAAUCAUGACACGGGAGAGCCUGAGCUUCACUAUCUGCGACUCCCCAAGGAGAUCAGCGAAGACUAUGUCAUCCUGAUGGACAGCACCGUGUCCACGGGGGCUGCGGCCAUGAUGGCUGUGCGCGUCCUGCUGGAUCAUGAUGUCCAUGAGGAGAAGAUCUUCCUGCUAUCCCUGCUGAUGGCAGAGAUGGGGGUUCACUCCGUGGCCUAUGCCUUCCCCCGGGUCCGCAUCAUCACCACAGCAGUGGAUAAGAGGGUCAGCGAGGAAUUCCACAUCAUCCCUGGCAUCGGUAACUUUGGAGACAGGUACUUCGGUACUGAUGCCCCCUCAGCCUGGUGUGAGAGUGAGAGCAUGGACUACUGAGCUGGCCUCCCUGACUGCCAGCCUUGCUCCCCGCAGCCUCUGCCCUACCUCACCCAGAUGGCCCAUUCCUCCAGUCUCGUGGCUUCUACUGCCCCUUCCCUGCUCGCCUCACGGGGUCCUGUCUCCUUGGAACUUAAUGGGAUGCUACUUCCCUCUGCACCACCCACUGUUGGUGGGCAGGCAGGCAUUUGGAAACUAUCUAACAGCAGCAGAGAGUGCCUGUGACCUACAGUGUGAGCUUGCUGGGUUCACAUUCUUGGUGUCCCAUUGGUGGGUGGGCAGAGGGAGUUUCUUCUUGUGGCUCCAUGUGGAUGUGGGGGAGACAGGCCAGGCUCUCCUGGUGGGUAGGGAGAAGAGGGGGUCAGUUUCUUCCUAUGCCCCAUAUGAGUGUGGGAGGGGAGCGAGGGGCAGUGGAGGUGAUAAGAGACUCUCUGCGGCCCUGGAGGGUCGAGACACAUGUCCAGGCUGGGGCAGGCUCUGUUAUUGGGAUCUGUAUGUGCAUUUGUUCAGAGCAGUUGCUCUGCCUACAUACUGGGACUAUGUACUUGAAAAAUUGUCAGGGACAAUGGAUCAAAUGGAAGGGAACAACCCCAUCUUCCUCAGCUGGCAGCUCUACCCGUCGUUCCAGUGCCCAGAGCACCCUGACCUUGGGGCAGGGCCCCAAUGGCAUUUAGCUGGAGCAGUCAGGUUGGCAAGGAAUUAGGCCAUUGGGGUUUGCAGAGUAUGUGGUGUCCCUCACCCCUCACAGUGGGCAUUCCAGCCUAGUGGCCAGGCUCAUGAGUCUGGCAGCUCUGUUUUUGGGGUCUCCUGCCAUGGAUAGGGUUCACAGACAGCUCGGCUGGGCUGCAGGAGACUCAGCCUACCUGUGAAGCAUGUGAGGGGCUGCUGUUCAUCCCUUCUGUGUGUGUUGGUUUGUGAGAAGCCCUGGCCAGCCUGAGUUCCUGUCCUUGCCUUCUGUCUUGUGCUGAGGGCAGGAUAGCUACCUGCAGUAGAAUCUGUUCUGGAGUGGGAGGGAGCACAGCAAGGGAGCCUGGAUGUAUUUCCACAGCUGCCCGUCCCUGCCUGCAACAUGGGUACACAGCUGCUGUGCAGCUUUGGCUUAUCCAUUACUUCAGUGCCCAGGAAAUCAGGGCAUUUCCAUCUCCUUGGAAUGCUGGCUUCAGUGGAGUCUUCCAUUGCCUAGGGCUCUGACUCCUGUAUGCCCAGUGCUAGGAGCCAGGAGCUGCCUUAUGCCUUGCUGGGGCUCUGGGAUGGCCCAGGAGUGGCAUCAGCAGCAUGCUGGUGGGGCAUGCUUUUCUUGGCCCUUUAGUAGUACUAGCAAGAGCCUCACAGGGGUGAGCAAGCUUCAUGGGGCCCCAGCAACAUGUCUAAGAAGCAGCAACUGCCCGUAGUGCUUGGUUUCUCCAAGCUGCUCCUGCCUCGCUCUUUGCCAGCCCUUAAACCAAGCUCCCAACUGCUCUGCCCUCAUAAUGCUGUACAUGGCUGCCUUCAAUUUGUAUGUGUUAAUAAAGGAUCUGCAAGGAUUU